GUGAUGCAUGCGAAGUGAUGUAGACUGUCGUAGUCAAUAAGGAGGAUAUCUAUAACGUACAAGGGCGCCGCUUUCUUUUCUUUCCUUCUUUGCAUCGUAUUGCUUCGGUGUGCAACGAAACGGAGGCACCGUAAGUUGCUCGCGCUUCUCUGACAACCGACUGUUGCGCCUGGAGAGCGUCCGUCAAACAUGAGCGGAAACGCGGACGGCGGAGACGCGCUUGCGGAAAACGAGCUUCUCGCCACUUCAUGAGGCGCGAGCUUCGAUUCUUUCUGUGUUCCAGAUCUUGGAACCGGGUAUUUAAAAAAGGAAGAGCGCGCGCAGGAUGAGAAGCACGGAGCUGUUGCUCGCCUACUUUCUCGUGAAAGUUGUGGCGUGCGAUGGAGCCGGUGAGAGCGCUAGACAGGUCGGUUCGGUGGCUGUGUCUGGCUCCAAUGAGUCCCGAGACGAUGAAAGUGGUCUCUCGGAGCCUCCACACACAGAGGAUAAAUGUAGGGGCUACUACGACGUGAUGGGUCAGUGGGACCCACCGUUCGUGUGCCGCACGGGCAGCUACCUGUACUGCUGCGGGACGUGUGGCUUCCGCUUCUGCUGUGAGUUCAAGGAGUCGCGCCUGGACCAGCGCUCGUGCUCUAACUACGGCACACCGCCGUGGUCAAUGACGGGCAGACCGCCACCCAAGAAGAACGACCCGGCGCACGACCCCACAAGGGAUAAAACCAAUCUCGUAGUGUACAUCAUAUGCGGAGUAGUCGCCAUCAUGGCUCUGGUGGGGAUUUUCACCAAACUCGGGCUUGAAAAGGCGCACCGACCCCAGAGAGAAAACAUGUCUAGAGUGCUGGCGCAAGUGAUACGGCAGACAGGAGGAGAGGAUCAUGAGGAGAGCAUGGCUGUGCCUGGACAGCCUUAUGAGAACCUGCAGGGCAGGACAACUGGAAAUAACCUGCAAAGCAACCAGUUAAACAAUGUGGGUUCAGGAUCAGGUCUAAUGCAGGCAAUGACCCAGUACUCUACACUGGGACAGGUCUCUCACGCCUAUGAGCAACCCCAGCCUGUCAAGGAGCUCAACAAAUAUGCAUCAUUGAAAGCAGUAGCUGAGAAAGCUAAUGAGAACUUUUACACAAGUCGGAGACAUGGGGUGGAAUUGACGACCAAAGGCACAUUACCCCUGCACCCAGUGCAACUUGAGCCAGAGCCAACCAACCCUUAUAGCCCAGAGCUGCCUUGCCAAAAACAAAAUGGACACAAGGUCAAGAGCAUUAAGGUGUUGGGCUCACACCCACUGCCCUAUGGCUCCAAUACCAUUUCUGCCCCAGGCAUGCUGAGGAGCCGGGAGGGAUCAGAGGCGCUUGGGCGUCGCCACACAUACGGCCCUAAAAAGCACAGCACUCUACUGGAGCAGGUAAAUGAGCUGAGCUCAGCCAGCCAGCAUUACCUGCCUCCCCACCCAUACUUCAUCACAAACAGCAAGACUGAGGUGACUGUGUGA